AUGCAGGCCGCUCUGGAGGAUGGCACCUCAGCGCCAGCAGCGUGCGCUGCUGUAGAGGCGAGCAGCUUAAAGAGUUCAGCAGCAUCACGAGAGGCAGGCACGUUGGCAACAGGAGCAGAGGGCGCUCUGGAGGAUGGCACCUCAGCGCCAGCAGCGUGCGCUGCUGUAGAGGCGAGCAGCUUAAAGGGUUCAGCAGCAUCACGAGAGGCAGGCACGUUGGCAACAGGAGCAGAGGGCGCUCUGGAGAACCCACUGCCAGGCCGAGAAACGGAUUCGGAGGAGUCAGAGCCUUUCAAGGAGCCAGUAAAGGAGUUUUUGGAGAAGCCUUUCAAGGAGCCAGUAAAGGAGUUUUUGGAGAAGCCUUUCAAGGAGCCAGUGAAGGAGUUUUUGGAGAAGCCUUUCAAGGAGAGUUCAGACGAGCCCCUGUCUUUGAAUGAGCCUGUAAGGGCUGCCUGCUUAAAGUGUGAUUCCAGAGAGGGUGAUUGUGAUCGUGCGCGCGUGGAGAGUGCUGAACUGGCACUGGACAGCGAGGCUGCAAGGCCCAUGUCAGCGGAGACACCAGGUGCCACGUCAGCAGAGGCGCCGACUGCUACGUCAGCGCAGGCGGAGCAGAACUCGAGUGCGUUCUCCAUGGCGCUCCAGAAUGUGUUCGCCGGGGCCAUGCUCAAAUCCAUUGCCUCCACCACUGGUAACCACUCACCCACCCCCUUUCUUGGAGGGUCUGGUGGGAGGCAUGAACCGAUUCACCCUCUCCACCGUCUCCCACCCCCCUCCUCAUGUGCCUUCCCGUUUCCAUCUUCCCUCCCCCCUCCGCCCGUCCUCUCAGGUCUGUUCGGAGGCAUCAACCCGCUCACCCUCUCCACCGUCUCGCACCUCGUGCUUCGUGACAGCAACAGCAGGCCCGGUCUGUUUGGAGGCAUCAACCCGCUCACCCUCUCCACUGAGAAGGUGCUGGGAAGCUUCACUGCUUGCAGCAGCAACGCCCCUGCCUCUACUACAACUGCUGCUGCUGCUGCCGAACUAAAAGCUGCCCCUGCCACAGCCCCCACCGGGAAUACGGGCAGGGAAGGAGUUGUUGGUCUGCCCUGUCUGCCCGUUGCAGCAGGAGCAGCGGUGGCAGCUGCAACUGCUGGAAUCGCCGCUGCUUCUGCUGCUGCUGCGGAUGGUGCAGGAGUAGCAAAUAGUGUGAGUGGUGCGAAUGGUGCAACGGCAGGGAGCGUUACAAGCGUUACCGCAGCUCCCAUGUCAGCAUCCGCACCCUUCUCCUUCUCCUCCCCUGCUUACCCCCACGCCCACCCCCCACCUUACACCCACCCGCAACCUCCCCCUCCUGUCUUGGCCCAAACCUCGGUUACCUCCCAUGCCACCUGGCCAGGCUCGGGGACUUCAGCUCCACACACUGUGUUCCCGGACUUGCUUGUGCAGCCAGGUUCGGCAGGUGUGGGGGGAGGAACGGGAGGGGCUGGGGUAGGGGGGAGUGAGGUGGGGGGGAUGAGGGGGAGGAGAAGGCGGUUGGUGGUGGCACAAAGGAGGCGUGGGGAUGCGGGUAGUGGGGAAGAGAUGGGGGGGGCAGGAGGGGCAGUGGGAGCAGUGAGUGCAGGGAAGACAGGAGUUGGAGGGGCAGGUGGGGUGGCAGGAGCGGUUGCAGGAGGGGUGGCAGGAGGGGUGGCAGGAGGGGUGGCAGGAGGGGCGACAGGAAUGGGAGAGGGCGAGGAGAGGUAUGGUUUGGUGCAGGCAGGGAUGGGUGAAGGCAUGGGUUAUGCUGAUGGCAGUGCAGGCGGAAGUGUAACCACCAAUGGAAACUGUGCUUCUGCUGCUGCCCUGCCCAACCGUACUGUAGCUGCCAGUAAUCCACCUAGCUGUACCAUGCCUGGUGCUGCUGUACCAGGUAGUGCGGUUACUGCUGUAGCGGGUGGUGCAGGUACUGUAGGUACGGUUGUAGCCGGUUCUGCUACAGGGGGUGCUGCUGUAUCAGGAGCGGCUGGCAGUGCAGUGAACCAGCGUGCUUUGUUGAAUCCACCUGCUCUGUUGAAUUCUCCUGGCGUGAUGGUGUCGUUUGGUCCGCUUCAGUCGCAGCAGGGCGCGUCAGGUGGUGUGCUCGGUGGUGCACUGGCAGGCAGGGCAACAGAGAGAGUGAGUGUGUCUGGUGCGGCAGGGUCUGUUGGGGUGACCACAGGUGUGCCAAGCACUGGUGUAACAAGCAGCGGCGGCGUGACGAGCAGUGGAGGUUGCGUGCACCUUGAGAGGCGUGUUGAGGAGCUCGAAGGACAGGUGGGUGCAGAGCGGUAUGUGCAGGUGGACGAGAGGCGAGAGCAGCACACGGCAUGGCUGGAGGCGAGGGUGAGAGAGCUGGAGGCGGCAGUGGACGACAGCAAGCACUGGGCGCAGCAACGGGUGAUGCAGGUGGCACAGAAGCUGGUGAGGGAGAGCAAGGAGCUGCGGCAGCUGAGGGCGGAGCGGGAGGAGUGGGUGCGCAGCCGGCGCGAGCAGGACGGCAAGGAGGAGAGCGCGGCAAGGCAGCUGGGCGAGAUGGAGGCGGCCCUCAGGAAGGCGUCGGGACAGGUGGACCGCGCCAACGCGGCCGUGUGCCGGCUUGAGGCAGAGAAUGCAGAGUUGCGAGCGGAGCUGCAGGCGGCAGGGCUGAGGGUGAGCGAGGCGAGUGCCAAGCUGGCAGAGGCGGGCAAGCGGGAGGGCAAGGCGCUCAAGCGUGUGCAGGCGAUCGAGAGGGUCAAGGCAAAGCUGCAGGAGGAGCUAACAGACGAGAGGCGCAAGCUGGCAUCCACCCUUUCGGAUCUCGAAGCAAUGCGGCGGCGGCAGCAGCAGGCGGAGCAGCGGUGGCGGCAGGAGGAAAAGGCUCGAGAGGAAGCAGCUGCUCGCGCCGACGCCGAGUGCCGCGCGCGCGAGCAGGCGGAGACGGCGUGGAAGCAGCGCGAGGAGACACUAAGAGGCAAGAGCGAGGCGGAUGUGAAGCGCGUUCGUGGCGAGGUGGCACGGCUGGAAAGGGAGGUGGUGCAGCUGAGGAUCAUGGCCGGGGCGAGCCUGUGGGGUGGCAGCGGUGGGGGCAGUAGCGGGGGUGCGGGAGGGGUGGGAGUGGGGUGUGUAGGUGCCAGUGGGUCGAGGGUUGGCGGCGUGGGGUUGUUAGGGAGUGGGGUUGGCGCUGGUGCUGGUGGGGGGAGUGGGAGUGGGAGCGGGGGUGGAGGUGGGGGUGGUGGUGGUAGUAGUAGCAGUGUGGCGGCGAGUGUGGUGGCGGCAGCGAGUGCGCAGGCACUGAGAGAAGCGAAUGCACGGGGAGUCCUCUUUGACUUCCCUCUUGGGACUCCUCCUGCUGCUCCUGCUCCUGCUCCUGCUCCUGCUGGCGCUGCUGCUCCUGGUGCUUCCCCCGCAGCUGCUGCCGCUGUUGCUGGUGGGGGUGUUGGGUUGGGUGGUGGACAGAGGAUGAUGGGCCAGCUUGGUACUGUUGCGCGGAUGGGUGGGAUGUCAGGAGUGGCAGGAACGGCAGGAGUGGCCGGAGUGGCACCGCUGAAUGGGAUAAACUUUGGGGGAGCAGGCUUGGGAGGGGCAGGAGGGGCAGGGGUUGCAGGCAAGGGGGGGAGGCAGGGAGUGGCAGCAGGGCAUGGAGGGGGGCGCUACCAUGGGGUCAUUGGGGGGGGGCGGGGAGGGGGAGGGGGCGGGGCAGGGGGGGGAGGAGGCGGAGGCGGAGGUGGAGUUGCAGGAGGAGGGGGAGGGGGAGGCAUUCUCAGUAACAGUCUUACCGGCAACCCUGCUUCUGCCGCUGCAGUGGGCACCACAGCAGGUCAUGGCGCCCUGCUGCCCCACAUUGGGCUCGGCGGGAUCAUCGUGUGCCUCGCCUGCAACGAUGCUCUCCUCGCCCGCCGCAUGCCCGACUGCCCCACGUGCCGCUCGCCCAUCUCCCAGCGCAUCCGCGUCUUCGGCCCGCAGUAG